AUGUCCACACCCUACGAGAUGCCAAGAGGAGGCGACUUUGGGCCAGUUCCCGCGUCGGAGGAGCAUACCCAAGGGCUCUGGAGUCUGGUGCACUCGCACUUCAGGUUGCAACAGGCUGGAUAUGUGCUCUGGUCGCUCGGCCAGGCCGAUCUGGACAAGAAGAAGCGCUGCGGGCGUUGUACCAAGGUCAUACGCAAAGGCCACGAGAAGCAAAAGUCUAGGGCUCAGAGCGUUAAGCUCGCUCCGACCAUAGCUCAGCGGAUCGCGGCUGAGUACGCGCAGACGAAUCGAGGUGAAGGACAAGCCAGUAUGCCGGCGCACGCUAGAUCCGUGUCGCUCCAGGAAAACGGCGCCGACCUGUCUGGCAUGAUGCGCGACGUGGAGAUGAAGAAUAAGGACAAGGAUGGCAAGGACAAGGGCCCGCCUAUGAACUGCAGAUAUCAUCCCGGCCGUGUCCAGUAUAGACAAUGGACCUGCUGCGGCAACAACAUAUUCGGCCCGCCCUGCAUGGCUGAGCAGUUCCACCAAACACGCGUGUACCGCCACGGCGAGCUCGAAAGCAACUGGCAGUACUUUGCCACCCCGCAUCCGGCCGCAGGGCAGACGACACACGUCGCCGUCGUCAUCGACUGCGAGAUGGGCACUGCCGCGUCCGGCGAGUCGGAGCUCAUCCGGGUGUCGGCGGUCGAUUUCUUCACGCGCCGCGUCCUCGUCGACAGUCUCGUGUGGCCCGAUGUCAAGAUGGCGCACUUCAACACGCGCUACUCGGGCGUGUCACGGCCGAGCAUGGAGGCGGCGCACCGCGCGCGGCUCACCCUCGCCGGCCGCGCCGGUGCUCGCGAGGCCCUGUGGCGGUUCGUCGGCCCCCAGACCAUUCUCGUCGGGCACUCGGCCAACUCGGACCUCAACUCGCUGCGGUGGAUCCAUCCCAUCGUUAUUGACACUCUGCUGCUCGAGAUGCGCAUUCAGCCACGGCCGCCCGAGGAGCAGUGGCCAGAGCAGCAACAGAGCAGGGCUGCCGGCGACGAUGGCGACGAUGGUGAAGACCGACAACCUCCGGUGGUGGUGGUAGAAGUGCCCAAAAGGAACAAGCCCAAUUAUCCCGGUCUGUCGCUGAAAGCGUUGGCGGCGGAACGGCUGCAGCGUCAGAUUCAGACCAAGAGUCAGGGUCACGACAGUUUGGAAGAUGCGCUCGCGACGCGGGAUCUGCUGUUGUGGCACAUGGUCAACAAACCCGAGCCUCCUGUCUUCUAUUGA